ACAUCAUUUUAUUUAAAAAUUCAUCAAUAAAUUAUUAUCAUCAAGCAAUAUUAUGGCCUUAUGCAUCUGUGGUCAGGGUAUGAGUUCAAAUAAUAAUAAUAAAGAUGGCGUCAUUUUCGGUUCAUCAUCAAUAACAUGCAACAAUUGUCAACGUUUAAUUCAUUUAGAAUGUGCUGAUCUACUAGUCCAUCAAGCUCAAGAAACAUCUAUAUUUUAUUGUCAAAUAUGUCGUCCAUAUACAGGUCCAUCUACAUUGAAAACAAUCACAAAUCAUCAUCGUCAUAAUCGAAAUGCUGAAAAUGCCGAUCAAUUACCUAUACAAACGGGAACACCGGAUUUUAUCAACUACUUAAAACGUUCAACAUCGAUUCCGGAUGCACGAUCAAUGAUCGAUGUGAAACGUAUGCGUGGACAACAAUUAUCAUUGAAAGAAUUAAUUUUAAGCGGUUUUGAUCGACCAAUUAUUGUCGAAUCAAAAAAUGGUUUAGAAAUGUCAAUCGAUCCGCAAUUCAAUCUAUCAACAGCUCAUCAAUACUAUCCCGAAGAUUUGAUAGUCGAUGCAAUCGAAGUUACUCGCCAGAUCAAAGUGAAAACUAAACUAUCUUAUUUAUUGAAUCAAUUUAAACUUAACCAUGACGAACGACAGGAUGUAUAUGCGGUUCGUGUGAUAAUGUCGAAAAAUAUUAAAGGUGAACAAUUUAUACCACCACGGAUUGUACAACGUCUUAGUUGGGUCGAUAUGUAUUGGCCGGAUGUGCCUUUUAAGCCAUUACUAACAAAAUAUUGUUUUCUAUCAAUGCGUAAUGCAUAUAAUGAUUUUCAUAUCGAUAUUGGUGCUGCAUCCGCAUGGUAUCAUAUAAUGAAAGGUGAACAAACAUUCUAUAUGAUUGAACCUAGCAAUGAAAAUCUAGCUCAUUUUGAGAAAUGGAUUAAAUCAGAAAAUCUACAUGAAAUAAUGUUCUAUAGAAAUGCAGAGAAUGUAUUCAAAGUGAAAUUAACAGAAGGCCAAACAAUAUUCAUACCAAAUGGUUGGAUUUAUUCGAUACUCACACAUGAUGAUACUAUUGCAUUUGGUGGCUAUUUUCUACAUAGUUUAAAUAUUGCAAAGCAAUUAUCGAUCAAUGAUUUUCUUAAAUCAUUGGAAAAACCUGGUCUAGAUUUUCCCAGUUAUGAAUUGACCAAUUGGUAUGCUGCACCAAAUAUAUUAAAAUUAGCAAAAGAAAAUCUUAAAAAUCAACCACCUAAACAUCUAUCGAUGGGUAUUGCAGCAUUGAUAGAAAAACUAAGAUUCUGGUUACAGAAAUCUAAAUCAAAACGAUCCACUAAUGAACAACAGCAACAACAACAACAAUUAAUACCUAGAGCUGUUAAUUGUUCAAAAAUUAUACGUGACCUAAAUCGAUGUUUAAGAAAGAAAAAGAAAAUCAAUCAAAACGAUAAUAAAGAUCAAAUCAAAAUUAAAUCAAAAGAUACUAUCGAUCAGCAGCAGCAACAACAACAACAGCAAUCAUCAUCAACACAGCCAUCAACAUUAACAAUGAAUCCAGAGGAAACAAAAAUCAAAGAUUUAGUCGAUACAGCAGAUACAUCAUCAAAUUCAAAUUUAAAAAUUAAAGUUAAUAUGAAACUUGCCCAGGAUGUUAUCAGGAGAUCAAUGGAUGAUCCAUAUGAUUUAAAUAGUGAUCAAAAUGUUGGCAAAGAAUUGUUAUUAUUUCCUAAAUCAAAGAAAAAGAAAAAACGUCAACAUGAUGAUGAAUUGAUUAAAAUAAUUGAAAGUAAAAAACGUGAAGAUGAUGAUUAUAUCUAUAUGGAUCUAGAUACACCUGAAGAUCAUCAACAAAAUAUUGCUAAUGAUAAAAUAUGGAAACCUGGAACAUCAACAACAAUGAAUAGCGGUAUAAGUGUUAAUCGAAAAAAUUUAAAAAAUUCGUCGCAGCAAUCCAAAAUGAUUACGACGACAACAACAACAAUGAUUGGCAAUAUAAAUGCUGCUGAUAUCAUUAAUAGUAGACAACAACAACAGGCAACAAAAAUUGAAAAACAUGGCCAAUCAUCAUCAUCAUCAACAACAAAAUCAGGCACUAUUGAAACAAGAGGAGAAAUUCAUCAUCAUCAUACGCAACAACAAUCGUCAGAAAAAUCAUCAAUAGCAACAGCGAUGAAUAUUUCUUCUUCUAUAAAUAAUAAAAAAUAUAAAAAAGGUCUGGCCACACCGAAACAACGAUUGGCUAAAAAGCUUAAAAUGAUGUCUAUGUAGUAUAUAUAAAUAUAAAGGAAAAUCAUCGAAUUGAAUUGAAUUGAAAAUUAUAAACAACCAAAAAUAAUAAUAUU